UCCUGUGGUUCCUCAGGAAACUUCAGUUGUGUGAGAUUAAAAAAGGACAUCACCGACUUCACAAACCCCACGUAAAAGGAACAGACACAAGCGAAGAAAUGGAAGAUUUCUAUUAUGAUGACGAAGAGGACUCCAGCUUAAAUGACAGUUACGACUACAGUAACGAACACAGUGUUUGUGACAAGGAGACUGUGCGCUCUUUUGGCAGCGUCUUCCUCCCGGUCAUCUAUGCCUUGGCUCUGGUGGUGGGCCUGGCUGGGAACGCCCUGGUAGUGGUGGUCUACACAUCAAGGCUGAGACUGCGAACCCUGACCGAUGUGUGCAUCCUUAACCUGGCCAUUUCGGACCUGCUGCUUCUCUUCACCCUGCCUUUCUGGGCGGCCGAUGCCGUCCAUGGCUGGAAGUUGGGUUCGGCAGCCUGCAAGCUCACCUCCUUCAUCUACAGUACAAACUUCAGCUGUGGCAUGCUGCUCCUGGCAUGCAUCAGCGUGGAUCGAUACCGCGCUGUAGCCCACAAUCCAACGGGCAGGACUGGGACAGGCCGCCGGGUAUGGAGACAGUGGCUCCUGGUGUGUGUGGUGUUGUGGGCUGUAGCCAUCUUUCUUGGCCUUCCCGAACUCAUCUUCUCCACAGUGAAGCACUCCCACCACAGGAUGGCCUGUACAGCAGUCUACCCGCCCAGCAUGGCCCGACCUACAAAGGCUGCCCUGGAACUGCUGGAGGUGACCCUUAGAUUCUUGCUACCUCUCCUGGUCAUGGUGGUGUGCUACUGCUGGGUAGGGCGGGAGCUGAGCCGGGCAGUUGGGGUGCGGAGAGACCGAAAGUGGCGUGCCCUGCGCGUCCUGCUGGCGGUGGUGGCUGUGUUCCUGCUCACACAGCUGCCCUACAACGUGGUCAAGCUGUGGCGAGCGAUGGACAUCAUCUACAUCCUUGUGACCGACUGUGAAGUCAGCAAGGGUCUGGAUCGAGCUAUCCAAGUGACGGAGAGCCUGGCGCUGGCCCACGCCUGCAUUAACCCCGUCCUCUAUGCCUUCAUCGGAUCGUCCUUCAGGGGACAUGUCCUCAAAGCUGCCAAGCACCUUGGACAGAGACUUGGGAGACACCCGAGACACGGCAACGAGGAGCCGACAGUGGAGAUUGCGCUCAACACGCGCACUCAAACGCAAUCCAAGUCUGGUUCAGAAGACCAAGACACCAGCACCUUCACUAUUUAAGACUCAAAACACACAUCUACUUUCCUUUAAGCACCUAUACAAAAGUGUAGGUCUGUAUAUAUAUUUACACCAUGUUACCAUUAUAAGAGAUAGACUACCAUGUAUAAUAAUUCUUAUUGUAAUAAAUAUAUACAUGUACAGUGACUUUAUAUGCACUAACGAAGCAAAGAAUUUUGUAUAAAUUAUGCAUUUUGUUAAAUAAAAGACAGAUUUUCAGUGA